AUGAAGUUGGUCCUAGCUGUGGGCUCAGACUCACAUCCAACAAAAGAGUCAGUACUAGGUCAAUACCCUGAUAUAUUUCAAGGUAUAGGGCAACUACCUGGUGAAUGUCAAAUACAUUUACGCGAGGAUGCAACUCCAGUUAUACAUCCUCCACGAAAAUUGCCCAUAGCAAUUAAGGACAAGCUCAAGGCAGAGCUCGACCAUAUGGAAUCCCAGGACAUAAUCGCUAAGGUCACAGAGCCAACUGAAUGGGUCAACAGUCUUGUCACUGUUGAAAAAUCUAAUGGAUCUCUAAGAAUCUGCUUAGACCCGAAAGACCUGAACAAUGCCAUUAAGAGACCACACUACCCAAACAAGACUGUUGAUGACAUACUUCCUGAACUGUCACAUGCUACAGUGUUCUCUAAAUUUGACGCUCGUAGUGGUUACUGGUCCAUAAAACUUACAGAGGAGUCUUCAUACCUUACAUGCUUUAACACGCCAUUUCAAAGAUAUCGUUUUCUACGGUUACCCUUUGGAGUUUCAUGUGCAAAUGAUUUGUUUCAAUCAAAGAUGGAUCAGUGCCUUGAAAAUCUGCCAGGUGUAACGACAAUUGUUGAUGAUAUUGUGGUUUAUGGUAAAGACCACACUGAACACAACACAAAUCUCCACAUGUUCAUGCAAAGAUGUCGAGAAAUGGGCAUCAAACUAAACCCAGAUAAGACAGAGAUUGGGAAAAGUGAAAUACCCUUUUUCGGUCACCUUCUCACAUCUAAAGGUUUAAAAAUGAACCCAUCCAAAGUUAAAGCUAUUGAACAGAUGCCUUCACCCACAACAAAGUCAGAACUUCAAACAGUACUUGGGAUGGUAAUAUAUCUGCAAAGAUUUGCACCUAACAUAUCAGAAAUAACUACCCCUUUAAGACAACUUUUGUCUAAAGAUGUUGAAUUCAGAUGGGAUACACCCCAUGAAGAUGCAUUUCAAAAGGUCAAACAGCUCAUUACGCAAAGCCCAGGUCCUAUCCUCGCAUACUUUGACCCAAAACAAAAGGUUACCCUGCAAGUCGACGCUUCCAAAUAUGGCCUUGCUGCAGUUCUCAUGCAAAAUGACAAACCAGUUUUAUUUGCAUCAAAAGCAUUAACACCCACAGAGGUCAAUUAUGCGCAGAUCACAAAAGAGCUAUAUGCUAUACUAUUUGGCUGCAAGCGCUUUCACCAAUAUACAUACGGUAGACGUAUCACAUGCCAAACAGACCACAAGCCACUCCUUGCUAUCUGGAAGAAAGACUUGCACUCUGCACCUCCUCGCCUACAGCGCAUGCUGUUACAGCUGCAGCAAUAUGAUAUAGAUCUGGUACUCGUGCCGGGAAAAAACAUCCCCCUGGCAGAUACUUUAUCUCGCAAAUUUUUACCUGAUAAAUAUCCAGAAAUUGCAGAUGACUUAGAGUAUCAUGUACACACAGUCAUGUCCAACUUACCUGUGAGUGACAGUAAAAUGCAAUUAAUCAGGUCAGCAACUCAAUCAGAUUCACAAAUGCAACAUCUGUCCAAGGUCAUUUUAGAUGGUUGGCCAAAUGACAGAGCCACUUGCCCCAGUCAGGUAUUAGAGUUUUGGAAUUAUAGAGACGAACUAUCUGUGAUUGAUGGCAUCAUCUUGAAAAGAUCAAAAAUCUUGAUUCCAAAACAAUUUAGGCCAAUGAUGCUUGAAAAAAUUCAUGACUCACAUUUAGGUGAAGACAAAUGUACACAGCGUGCCAAAGAAAUACUUUUCUGGCCUAGUAUGUACAAAGACAUAACAGCAAAAGUACUAAGCUGCCCAAUAUGUAUACAACACAGGUGUUCAAACACUAAAGAAUCUCUGCAACCCACAGAAAUUCCCGACAGGCCAUGGCAAGUUUGCUCUACAGAUUUAUUUUACUGGAACAACAACGAUUACAUACUGCUAGUCGAUGCAUACAGUAGGUAUUUCGAGGUCAGUCAGCUUUCUAGUACAAGGUCGAAAUCUGUGAUUUAUAAACUCAAAAGUUAUUUUAGCCGCCAUGGUAUUCCGGAAGUGUUAUACUCAGAUAAUGGGCCUUGUUACGAUAGUUCAGAGUUCAAAGAGUUUUCACACGCAUACGAUUUUUCUCAUGUCACUUCCUCCCCAGGUCACCAGUCAGGAAAUGGAUUAGCAGAAAUCACUGUGAAAACAAUCAAGGCACUUUUUACAAAAGCAAAACAAGCUGGAAAGGACCCAUAUCUUUCACUUUUAGAGUACCGCAAUUCCCCACUGGCAUGUGGUAAAUCGCCAGCUCAGUUAUUAAUGAGCAGACAGCUCAGGUCAACACUUCCUGUAAUUUCUGAGAAUUUAAAUCCCAAUGUGCCUGACCAACAAAUGAUCAAAGGCAACCUACAGAGAUCAAAACAAAUCUCAAAGGGUUACUAUGAUAUGUCCACAAACAAGCUCAAACCAUUAGAAAUUGGAGAAGGGGUAAGGCUCCAACAAGGAAAACAAUGGAUACCUGCUAUAGUUGAGAAAAAAGUACAUGAUAGGUCAUAUAUUGUCACAGCUGAAAAUGGUGGCAGCUAUAGAAGAAAUAGGCAGCAUCUUCUGAAGUCAAACGAACAGCCAUUCACAGAUCAUGAACUAAGCACAGCACCUUUCCCUUCACAAACAACACACAACACAAAUAAUUCUACAGAGUUCCAAACAAAUUGA